CGAAAAUGUUCUUCCAAUUCUGAUGUGAUUAUACGAAAACAACAACAACAACAAUCUAUGACAAAUGUAAACAAUUCAUUGAUAAUGGCUCCUGUGACAAAUAAUAUGAUGAAAUUAUCAUCAUCAUCAUCAACAACAGCGACAACAACAACAACUAAUACAGCUACACAAUUACAAAAUUCUUUACUAGAACAACAACAACAAUGUACGAUCAAUUCAACAAUGACCAUACGACGUUUAUUACAAUUAUAUGAAUUAGGUGAAUAUUGUGAAGCAGCAAAUAUUAUAUCAAGAUUGCCAUAUGUAACAUUUCGUUCGGUUGUACUUGAUCUUCCUGUUGAUGUAUUUGUUGAAGCAAUACCAUCAUCAUUACCAAUAUUGGAUGCAUUGUAUGCAAAAGUUUUCUUUUCUGGUCGUGAUCUAUUAGCAUUUGGUUUCAAAUUUUUACAUCCGGAAAAUGUUGUAUCAAAUAUGAUACGUAUGUUUGCAAUAUGUGAUGUUUAUUCACAUCCAACCAGUCAAGAAUCGAUCUCAAUUUGUAAAAAACUUUUAAAGGUUAUUCUUAUCGCCGAUCCUAGUCUACGUAAACAGCUGCUAAUCAAAAAAGCAUUGAUCGAUCGUGCUGUUGAAGGUAUGGGUCAUCAUGGUCUUGUUGGUACUUCAAAUGAUGCUUUGAUGAAUUUACAUGAAGCAUUACGUUUAGAAUUCGAAAGAGUUAUACAACAAUAUAAGGGUGCUAUUGCUAAAAUUGAUGAACUAUCAGCAACAAAUAAAAAUGGUAAAGAUGGUGGUCCAAUAACACGAUCAUUAUCACAAGGACCAGCACCAACAUUUAGUUCACAUCAACGUCUUUUAUCAUUAAAACAAGAAGAAAUUCAAGAUAGAUUGAAUAAAAAUCGAUCAUUAUUAUGUGCAUUAGAGCCUUGUUUUCGUACUAAUCAUUCAUUACAGAUAUUACUUGCUAUUCUACAGAAACGUAUCGAUUAUGAUAAAGAAACAUUAUUUCAAUUUGGACAAUUAAGUCGAGAAUAUUCAACAUCAUCAUCAUCAUCAUCAAAUGGUUCUUCUAAUGUUGUUGUCGGUUCUUCUUCUUCUACAUCAUCUUCUUCUUCAUCAUCAUCAUCGUCAUCAUCAUCAUUGUCGUCAAGUAAUAAUCAUAAUCAUAAUCAAAAUUCAACAAUGACAAACUUUCGUAAUAAUCAUCAUAAGUCUCGUACAUUACUUUCAAAUCAAUUUGAACGUGAUUCGGUUGUUGCACCAGUUUUAAUGCGAUUCUCUCAUGGCUGUAACCAGGUACUCAAUCUUCUUAAAGAAAUUCAACAUGAAAAUGGAACAAUUGAAAAUGUUGAAAAUGUUGUUGUUGUUGAACAACAACAACAACAACAUCGACAAAUAUCAAUGACAUCUCAAUGUCCAACAUCAUCAACAACAACAACAUUUACUUUGGCUACCGGUAAUAAUAAUAAUAAUAAUAAGGUUAAUAAUGAAAUUCAGCCAACAAAAAUGAAUACAAAAUCUUUAUCACCAUCAUCAUCAUCAUCAUCUUGUUGUUCAUCGACAUCAAUUCCAUGUACAGGCAACAACAACAAUAUAUUACACCAACAACAACAACAACAACAAAUGAUGAUUGAUUGUACAAAUGUCAAUGAUGAUACAACUGUUCUUCAUCAUCAUCAUCAUCAUCAACAACAACAAAAUUUUUCCAAUCAAUCAACAAUAUCAGCACCACCACCACCACCACCACCACAAGCACCAACAAUGAUGGUUGCAACGGAUGAUUCUUCCGAUAUUUCUGGUUAUCAUUCUGAUUCGGAUAUGUCACCAAUAAAUACUCAAUCACCAUUGGCUAGUAAUAAUAAUCGAUUAAAUAUCAAAAACAACAAUAAUAAUAAUAAUAAAAUUUCAACAACAACAAUGAUGAUGAUGACAACAGCAACGGAAAAUUCCUAUAUUUUACCUCAUUCAUCAAAAUCAAAAGCUGAACAACAACAACAACCAAGUGUUGCCAUAAUGACUGGCCAACCGGAUGGUACAACAUUAUUGGAUGGACAAAUAACAGUGAAUAGCGGUGGUGGUGGCGGUCAUCAAUUGUGUUCAUCAUCAAUGAUGAAUAAUAAUUGUUCAAAUUCAAUAUGUCGUAUUGAAAUUGAUGGAAAAACUAUGGCUACUGCUGAUAAUAAAAAUCCUAAUGAUACUCAAAAUCAUCAAAAUCAUAAAUUACAAAUAGAAUUGGAAUGUUCAAAAAUACGUAUACAAAAAUUAGAACAACAACAAAAAUUUUUAUUGGAAAAAAUUCAAAUACAAUCAAAACAAUUAUUAUCAUUAAGUAAUUAUGAAUCAAAACGAUUUGAAAAUUUAGAUCAAUCUAAUCAAACAAAUGGUUUGAUUCGUCAUUAUGAAUAUCUUUAUUCACAAGUACGUGUCGAUGUGAUAGAUGCCUUGGAUCAAUUUGAUGAAUUAAAAGAUUCAAGUGAGCUUAAAAUCAAAUUACUUUUCUCAAUCAUAGUGCUUGCUCAUCGAUCAACUGAACAAACAUUCAAAGAUUUACAUUUAAAUCUACGAAAAUUAUUAAAAUUAUCGGAAAUUACUGCCAAUACUAUUCAAAAUGAUCAUAAUGAUGAACAACAACAACAAGAAGAAUUGAAACAAAUUUAUUUUGAUCGAAUUGAAUCAUCGAUUAAUCAAUACCUACGUAUCACUAGUGCCUAUUUUGAUUUAGAGCCUAAUGUUCAAAAUGUUUGUCAACAAAUUUGGGAUACAUUAUUUGAUUAUCCGUGCCUGGAAAAAUGUACAGAAUUAAUUGAUUUUAUUCGUCAAUGUAUACAACUUUGUUGGUCAUUCAAUGUUCAACAAAUAAAUUUUCAAUUAGAUAUUGAAACCAAAUUAUUUCGUCAUGAUUGGCAUUCACGUACAAUCGAUUCUGAUUCUGAAUCCGAUUUGAUUAAAUGUUAUAUAUGGCCUACAUUAUUUCAGCAUGGAAUAUGUGUUCACAAAGGAAUUGUCAUCACUUGAUCACAUACUCUUUCUAUAUAUUAUUCACUAUACAUUUUAUUCAUCACAUCAAUUUUAU